UCACUGGGUCCCAGCUGGAGAUUCCCUGCUGGCACCCGGCCAUCGCCGAGUAACACUGAUAGGGGAGAGACCUGUGUAUGCUGCUGUGUAUUUCUCUGCACAGCAGAGAAAUACACAGCAGCAUGUUUCCCUAGUAAAACACACACAGCACAUUAUGUAAAACAGCACACUGUUAACCCUUUGUUCACCCUAGAUGUUUACCUCUUCUUGCCCAUUGUCAUUAGUACAGUAUCAGUGCUUUUUAUUAGCACUGAUCACUGUAUUAGUGUAAUUGGGAUGUCAGUGGCAGUUAGUCAGUUACCACCCAGUGUCAGAAUGCCCAUCACAGUCCCG